GGAAUCGGCUCCUUUUGCUUCCCCGUACGCAGAAUUCGAUAUGUGUCUGUACAAGUACAACCCGGCAACAAACUCAAAACCUCCCGCGAAACCCUAGCUCUGUAUUUCCGUCCGUUUCUUGAACAGCGCGAAGAAGAAACUGAACCCACCAUGAGUCGACCAAUGGAAGAGGAUGCUCCAGGCAAGGAGGAAGAAUUCAGCACAGGUCCACUUUCUGUUCUUAUGAUGAGUGUGAAGAAUAACACCCAGGUGCUGAUAAACUGCAGGAACAACAAGAAGCUUCUUGGGCGUGUGAGGGCAUUUGACCGUCACUGCAACAUGGUCUUGGAAAACGUCAGGGAGAUGUGGACUGAGGUGCCUAAAACAGGGAAGGGCAAGAAGAAGGCACAACCAGUGAACAAGGACAGGUUCAUUAGUAAAAUGUUUCUGCGCGGCGAUUCAGUCAUCAUUGUGCUCAGGAACCCUAAAUGAGACAUGAUCCAGGUCGUUCCUACUCUGUAGCUGAUGUAUCUAUCGUGGAUCAAACUCGCUACUGCUUCCUUCUGGCUUAUGUACGAACCAUCUUAAUUUCAAAGAAUCUUCAAAGCCGGUGUUUAGGACACAUUUUUUUUUGGUUGGGCAGGAUUGAUCGUUCGUGAGACUUUUGUGACGGAGAGGCUUGAAAUUCUUGCUUGCAAAGCCGUAGUAGGUUUAUAUAUGAAAGUAGAUGUUGGUACUGAAGUAUUGAUUAUCAGACUCGAGUAUGCAGUUUCUCGCCCACUCCUAGUUUGAGGAUGGUCUAAUUCACUUUUCGUUAAAUUUGUAGGAAGUAAGAUGUUAUCAGUAGAUACUACUAAUGACUAUCCUCGAUCAUUAUUGAUGAUUCUCAUAUCAUUAUGAUUUGAAUCAUAACAAAUGAAUGUAUAUUGAACAAU